UCAUUUAAGAAUAAUCCAGCAAUUCAUUUUUGCACGCACAAACAGAGAGAGAGAGAGAGAGAGAGAGAGCGAAAAGAGUGAUUGGGAGAAGGGCCUAAAUUUGGAAAAAGGGUUGAUUUUGUGAGCGAGAAUUGAGUAAAGACCCACAAUUUUUUUAUGAGCUGUGCCUGUGUGAGAACAGCAGGGACGGAGAGGAUAUUAUUAGAGCCUGGAAUCCCUGCUAAGAACAGCAAUAGACCUAAAUUAGGGUUCAGAGCAGCAGGAGCGGAAUUCGCAUUCUAUUCACCGACUCCGGCACCGGCAUCGGCAUUGCUGCGAGCUAGGAGGAGGAGGAGGACAACCGGAGGAGGCUUCCGAACGAGGCACGUGGAAGUUUCCAUUAUGGCGACGGCGUCCCCGCCGUCUCUGCUUUUGACUUCCGGCGCCAGCGGCCGCAUAAGCGCCUUGUUCUCGCUCCGAGCAAUGCGGAGUCUGAUGAUGCUGAUCAACGCCUUCUUCCUGCUCCUCCUGCUGCCUUUCCGCGGCCGCAAGCCGUUGUCCUCGUCGGAGAAACUGUCCGAGGACGAGAAUAAGCAGAGGGGGCCGGUGGUGCGCGUGCCGGCUACCAUCGUGCACUGGAAGAGCAGCAGCAACAGCUCGCCGCCCCCCCUCGAUCAUGACGUGGCGGCCAGGAGAGCGUUGGCGAAGCUGAGAGUCAGACAGGACGAUGAUCAGAAUUCGGUCAGGCAAUUUUCGAUUUUCGCCACCACCCGAGGGGAAACUCUUUUCACCCAAACCUGGACUCCCGUUUCGGUUAACAUCAGGGGUGUUGUCAUUCUUAUGCAUGGCCUGAAUGAACACAGUGGCAGAUACAGUGGUUUUGCAAAGCAGCUGAAUGCUAAUGGUUUCAAGGUUUACGGAAUGGAUUGGAUUGGUCAUGGUGGGAGUGAUGGGCUUCAUGCGUAUGUUCCUUCUCUUGAUUUUGCUGUUGCUGAUAUGAAAUCAUAUAUUGAAAAGGUUGUAGCCGAAAAUCCUGGCUUACCUUGUUUUUGUUUUGGACACUCCACAGGUGCAGCCAUUAUCCUUAAGGCAAUGCUUGACCCAAAAGUUGAGGCCUGCAUAGAUGGUGUGGUGCUUACAUCACCUGCAGUUGGGGUUCAGCCUUCGCACCCAAUAUUUGUGAUACUUGCUCCAGUCAUUGCAUUUUUGAUGCCGAGAUAUCAACUCAGUGCGGCAAAUAAGACAGGCAUUGCAGUUUCUCGGGACCCUGCAGCGCUGGCUGCCAAGUAUUCAGACCCCUUAGUGUACACUGGAGCCAUCCGUGUGAGGACUGGUUAUGAAAUUCUUCGAAUCACAUCCUACUUGCAGCAGAAUCUUAGCAAGAUGAAAGUCCCCUUUCUGGUUCUCCAUGGCACAGCUGACACUGUUACUGAUCCUGGGGCCACACAGAAACUGUACGACGAAGCCUCCUCAACUGACAAAACCAUCACAUUGUAUGAUGGGUUAUUGCAUGACCUCCUCUUUGAACCAGAACGAGAAGCUAUUUCGAAGCAAAUAAUAGAUUGGUUGAAUCAUAGAAUAUGAAAACUACUAGGUAGUGCAUUGAGAGAAUUGACAAGUUCAAUGAACAACGGAAAAUUGGGAUAGAUGGCCUCAAUGUGAGUGACCAAUUUUAUGGAUCAGUUCUAUAGGCUUGGCGGUGAAGCUGACGACAAAGCUUAUGCGCCGCUGAAUAAAUUCGGAAUAUUAUGUUGAAACUUGAAAACGGACAAUAUGCCUUGCUCUGUAUUUUAAAGAAAUUUUUCUGCAGUUCUGCAGGAUCUCUUAGAAGAGUAUUUUUCCUCAUUUUUCUGGGGUCAA